CAUUUGCCUUCUUUUGAAGUUUCCAUAGUUUGGUUGGAACAAACACAAAUACUCAUCCAACAAGGACACUCUGGGAUAAUCAGCUUCGACCCCAGGAAAGAUACCAUUCCUCAAAAUGAAUCACUUUCUCUCAACCAGCACCAAUGACGUUGCCAGGCUUUGCGAGGCCGACUUUUAUGAUUAUAUCAUCGUUGGGAGUGGUAUGGGUGGUGGCGUCUUAGCUAGAACCCUGCUCAGCAUUAAGGACAAAGAUUGUCCCCGUGUUCUUCUAAUUGAAAGGGGCAAGCCUUUCUUCUCCACACAUGUCCUUAAUACACCUACUCCCCGAUGGAAUCCAGAUAUCCCCGAUGGACCCUCUUCGGAUAACUCCUUCGUCUACGAUGCUGUCAAGAGCCCAGUAUCAACAGUAACCUCGCGGUCUAACCCAUACGCUGGUGGACCAGUACAUUGUCUCGGUGGACGCAGCAACGUCUGGGGUCUAUACACGCCAUGGAUAAACAAGGAAGAGGCUGAAGGUUAUUUCCCGAAAAGUAUUUGCGAUUACUUAUUCGGUGGGCCGACACCUCAACCGAGAGAGGAGUGUAUACAAUGCAGGGAGGAAAAGAAGAAUGGUGGGAUGACUGGGUAUGAUCGCGCAUACAAACUGCUGACCGGUGAUCCUCGAGCAUGUUUGUCACACCCCUACCCCAGAGGAACUUUCAACUACAGAAGUAGUUCCGAUUCUACCGUUGAUGAAGAUAUUGAUAAAGUUGUUGGUGCUCUGGGGACUGGCACAGAAUUUACCUUAUGCCCCAUGGCUGCACAUUUCACUCAUAGGAAUCCCAGAGAGAAAUUGUAUCAAAUGUCAAGGGGGGGGUUCUCUACUGUCAGCUGGAUCUUGGAACAGAUUUACAACAAGAGCGAGCACUUGCAUGUGCUCCCUGAGACCCAAGUUGUAGCUGUGAACGGCAGCCGGAGGGACUCUAUGUCGACAGAUAAUAACGAGAAGAGCGUGAGAAGCCUUAUUAUCCGCGAUAAUUUCAACAAUGAGCGCGCAAUUCGUACAGGAAAAGCAACCGUCAUACUUUGCGCUGGCACAAUUGAUACGGCGAUAAUUGCUCUUCGAAGUGGACUGGGCAACAAGCUUGUCGGCUCGGGACUCACAGACCAUGAUAUCUGGGGUACUCGCUUUGAAUAUCUAGAUGAAUCCGCAAACCUUCAGGCACUUAGGCUGCAGAGUCAUAUCUUACUCAAGUCUGAUCCCACCUCUACUCCCCCCUCCAACCCCGAAACGACCCGGUGCCUCCUCAAUAUUACCAUCAACGCCCAGUCAUUCCUUGGCUGGGGGGGAGAAAUGGGGUUUCCGACUCAAUUCCUUUCGGACGGUAAAGAAGUGAACGAAUAUACAUUUCGAGAUGCGGAGAGGUCUGCUAAAUCUACCAAUAAGAAAAAAUCCAUACUCCAGGUUGUGUUCAUCCUCGGGGCCAAGUUGGAAGAGAAAAAUAGAGUUUUGAACCUACCAGAAGAUAUCCCGACAAUUGAGAUUACUUCUCGCGUCAACAAUAGCAAAUUUGUGCAAGAUAUGAAAAGGCGUGCGAAAGCUAUCAAAGAUGCACUUGAAGCUGGGAAACUUUUAUCUGUGGACGAGGACAAGAACGAGGACAAACUCUCGAAACAAACAUUGCCAGAAGUAUCCCGGGCCGAUUUUGGAGUUGUGGCACACGAAGUUGGAACCAUGCGAAUGAGUAAGGAUAAAAAGCCCGAGGAUGAGAAGCCCGAGAACGGUGUUGUAGAUGAGAACUUGAAGGUCCACGACUGGAAGAACCUAUAUGUUUGCGAUCUGUCGGUCUUCCCUGCAAGUCCAGCAGCCAACCCAUCGCUGACGUUGGUUGCACUUGCUCAGAGGCUGGGAGACCACUUAAAAGGGUUGUCAAAGAAAAAUGGCAACGUCUCGCAGGCUGGAAUAGAGCGUAAGUAGUAUAGGCACGGACGUGGGACGUUCGGUUCUGGCAUAUGCCACACCACAUCGAGACCAAAGAAAGAUAUAGGAGUGAGAUUGGUUUUCUUGAGUUGUGCAAGUUUCAGCUCUUGGCAAAAGCUUGACAUUAAUUCUUCGCUAUGAGGCUUUUAUUAGAUUUAGGGGGUAGUUGACAUGGCAGUUGAUAUAUAAAGCUACCUAGGUAGACAUACUACAUCCUGUGCGUGUAUUCAUCUACGAAAAAAUUUCUAGUCUCUGAGUAAUUUCAAUCAACAACUAGGAUCGGCACCGGUGUGCUGCUCCCUGGUUCUAUCAAGUCACUAGUAGCAGCAGGGUCACAUUUGGUGUAAAUAGGGCAAAUUGGGUAGCGAUGACGUGCAUAGUUAACCGGUGAAGAGUUCAGCGCAG